GUCCCCUACUAAACUCGCCCAGUUUACGAAAAAAUUCCAAAAAAUAAGGGGGGGGGGAAAUCCGAUGGCCGCCAUUGCAACCAGGUUCCCAUUGAACCACCGGAAUUUAGUGUACGGUUGCCGCCCGGAAUUCAAGUUCCCGGAGCAACCCGAUUCGUUUGGGUCCGAUAUGGAGUUCGAGUUUCUCGAGGACAGUGACCUGGGAAUCCUGGGAAACUGCGACGGAGAUAGAUUUCGAGGCAAUAAUGAUGGAACGGUAGAUCGCAGUGACGAUGACGGUGAUGAUGGCGACAACGAUGAUGAGAAAGAGAACGAUGAAGGAAGCAAUGAAAAUAGCAAGAGUUUUUGGGAGAGCCAGCACCAGGCUUUGCAGCAAACAUUGUUUAGGACCAACUCCAUAGAAUUGAGAAUUCGGAACGCCACGAAAGAAGCUUUGAAAGAUAUUCAGAGGGAAAGUACAGCUUGCGGUUGUGGGAAAUCAUCAAUGGCGGAGGAUUGUCGGAUUUGUCUCAUGAGAGAGGUUUCUAGUCGCCUCCAAAACGCCGGUUUCAACACCGCCAUUUGCCGGACUAAAUGGCGAAGCUCUCCAGAUAUCCCUUCAGGGAACCACAGGUUUUUGGAUGUGAUAGAGAAUUCGAGAAAAGGGGAAGUAAGGGUAAUCAUAGAGUUGAAUUUCAGGGCAGAGUUUGAGAUCGCAAGAGCAAGUGAAGAUUACAAUCGCUUAGUGCAACGAUUACCAGAAGUUUUCGUGGGUAAAGUAGAGAGAUUAAGCAAUGUGAUCAAAAUCUUGUGUUGGGCAGCCAAGAAAUGCAUGAAGGAAAAGAAAAUGCAUAUGGGGCCAUGGAGGAAACAAGGAUACAUGCAAGCCAAGUGGCUAAAAUCGUGCGAAAGGAAUACAACGACGCAGUCCUUGCCGGUGGGAUGUUCCAGCAGCCAGUCAACGAAGCCGAGGGCGUCUAUGUUGACAGAAGAUUUGCUCGAUGUGCAUGGUACAGCACUUGAGGUUGUGUAAAUAAUGAGCGUGCUACUUUCACAUGAAGUUUAGAUUUAUGGGUAAAUAAUUACAUAUAUAAAGAUUCUGAAAUAAGGCUGUUUGUCAGAAGUUUUGUUUUGUUUUCUUAUGUCUGAAAAUUUUUAUUUGAGUGAAUGAUGUUCAAAAUAGAUGGACCAUAUGGUGCAGAAAGUUUCUGAAUUGAUGACAGAACGUGGUGUGUUUGGCAGA